UGGAAGUUCAAAACUGCAGAGCAUUGUCCAUCUUAAAUCCUGCAAAUUGACAUUUUGUUGCCAAUCAUUUAAACAUGAUGAAUUGUACAAAAUGGGGAGGAACAUGGCAACUUCUGGGUUCUGGGCUGGGCCGGUUACGAGGAUUUAUAUGGGCUGGGCAGUCUAGGGCCCAUAUCGAGGGGCAACGUGGCAACUGGCAAGGGGACAGAGGUGACUGAAGAGUGAAGACCAAACCUCGUCGUUCACUGACUGAAGGAGCCAGAGCACCUGAAAAGCGACAGAAGAGAAGAGGAGAAAUGGAUCGUGCAUCUCGUUCUUCGUCGUCGUCGGAUUCAUCCUUCUCAUCGACCAAGGCAUGGAUCGUGCACGGCAUUGUAGCCGGUGCCGCCAUUGCCGCCGCUCUCGCAGCUCGAACUUAUCUCGGCGGAUCCAGAAAGUUUAGGAGCCGCGUCGUUGGGAUCAUUCCCGCUCGUUUCGCCUCUUCACGCUUCCCCGGCAAGCCGCUCGUUCAAAUCCUGGGGAAACCCAUGAUACAGAGAACUUGGGAGAGGGCUAAGCUUGCGACCUCUCUGAAUCAUGUAGUUGUGGCAACGGAUGAUGAAAAGAUAGCAGAAUGCUGUCGAGGGUUUGGUGCUGAUGUUAUUAUGACCUCAGAAUCUUGUCGCAAUGGUACUGAACGUUGCAAUGAAGCUCUACAAAAGCUUCAGCAGAAAUAUGAUGUUGUUGUCAAUAUUCAGGGAGAUGAACCUUUGAUUGAACCCGAGAUAAUUGAUGGAAUUGUCAAAGCUUUGCAGGCAGCCCCAGAUGCAGUGUUUAGCACAGCUGUAACAGCUUUGAAACCUGAAGAUGCAUUCGAUCCUAACCGUGUAAAAUGUGUGGUGGAUAACAAAGGUUACGCCAUCUAUUUUUCCAGAGGGCUGAUACCCUAUAAUAAAUCAGGAAAAGUCAAUCCAAGGUUUCCUUAUAUGCUCCACCUUGGUAUUCAGAGCUAUGAUACAAAGUUUCUGAAGCUAUACCCAGAACUUCCACCUACUCCUCUGCAACUAGAAGAAGAUCUUGAACAGCUUAAAGUCCAUGAGAAUGGUUACAAAAUGAAGGUAAUAAAGGUUGACCACGAAGCUCAUGGUGUUGAUUCCCCGGAAGACGUUGAGAAGAUCGAAGCUUUGAUGCGUGAGCACAACUUGUCCUAGCUUUGUUCUAAUAAGUCGAGAUGGUAUUCAGAAAACUCCUACUUGUUUAAUUUUACAAAUCCGAAUGAAGCUGGAAUGCUGAUAGCUGUGGUACGGGUUUACGUUCAUUUCCUCUCCCUUUGAACAUUAAAGCAAAGUUGGAACCUUGGGCUUCUUGGCACCUCUGCACUUCGAUGUUAGGGUCAUUGAGUUUUCUUCCCAAUAGGUUGUGACAAUUUUGAUUAUCGUAGAUUGACUGCGGAUAACGGAACAGAACGGAGGGAACUAGACAUCUGUUCUGCACUAUUGAUGGAUUAAGUAGUCAGCUGUCUAUAAAGUUCAUGGCUUUGAUUGCCUGCUUUUGUCCUUAUUUCAACGUUGUACAUAUUUUUUAAAUUAUAUAUGUUAUAGAAAAUGUUGUCAGAAUCGAACCGGAGCAUGACCCGGUAAUGCGAACGGCUCGCACUUUAGCGGUUCAACCGGCAUUAGACCGUUUAAAAACCGUUAGAGAACCAGUAUCUAAUAAACGUUAUCAGUAUAAAUAGUGGACAUUUCUUAAUCAGAGCUCAUCUAUUUCCUUCGAAAUUGUGAAAUGAAAAUAAGGAUUCAAUUUGAGAGCCCGACGUUUUUGGUUUAUUUCAAUUUUCAAUUUUCUACAAUUUUUUCAAUUAAAUUAUCCAUUUAUUUCCUCGACCCAACGUUGAAUUUUUUUUUUAUGUUCUUUACCAAGAAUUCAAAUAAGGUUUGGACCCGCUCUGUUCUUGGUCAAAAUGGAGAUAAAACUAACUGGGGAUAUUAGGUGAUUUGUUGGUAUCUAACAUAUACAAGUUAAGUUAGCAAGUCUAAAAGCUGGUUGAAUCAAAAAAAUUUCUUUUAAAUUUUAAAGUUUUCUUUAGUGGCUGAAUGGCAAAAAUCGGACGAGCGGCUCGAUCGGCUCGAACGGUUAACCGCCUCGGCCGCUUGACAACCGCUACAUAAAACCGGAGCGGCUUUUACACUGUUACGAGCCGGUUUUGUGACCGGGUGGCGGUUUUACCGGUCGGGCCGAGCGGCUCGGCUCGGCUUUAAUAACACUGGUUAUAGACGAUAAUGUCUCGAAUUUUCACUGAUGUCCAAUUCAGAUUAUCCAAAAUGUUUAACAUUUAAAUAUGUGACCGAUAUUAUGAACAUUAAGGUUAGGGGUGGAAAUCAGUACGGUAUCGGUAUCCCAAUAUCAAAUACCAAAAUCCUGAAUAUCGAAUUACAUCCUAAAGUCAAUCCCAAUCUCAAACCCUAAAUAAUUUCGGUAUCUCAAUCCCAAUCCCUAAAUUUUUCGGUAUCCCAAUUGGUAUUAUCGAAUACGAAAUUAGUUACCUUUCCAAGUAAUAAUUAAAUAUAUAAAUUAGAAUUGAUUGUUUAAUUUAGGGUAAAGAGAUCAAGCAAAGGUCUUGAGUUUGCCUAGAGCUAGGAUAUGGAUAAGGAGAAUGGAGGAGAGGCGACAUCUCAAAUUCUUGUCAUUGGUAAUCCUUAAUUUGACGAAUUGGAGGUUAAAAGACGACUAAUACUAGUGUUUGCUUUUUGGUGUUAUGAAAAUAACAAGAGAUUAGGUGAGAAACGAGAGUGACUUAAACUGGAUAGUCAAAAUUGAGUUGGAUGGGGGGCUUCUAAAUUGUGAAAGAAUGAGGAAUGACUAAAGGUUGCGUGUCAUA